AUGCUGCUACCGCAAAGAUGCCCCCUUCCACGCGCUGCGACACCGCCUGCACGCCGCACCGCACCACCCUACUUGCUGCGGUGCGUACACUGUACUGACACUGCAUCUGUUGGUGGUGAUGCUGCUACCGCAAAGAUGCCCCCUUCCACGCGCUGCGACACCGCCUGCACGCCGCACCGCACCACCCCUACUUGCUGCGGUGCGUACACUGUACUGACACUGCAUCUGUUGGUGGUGAUGCUGCUACCGCAAAGAUGCCCCCUUCCACGCGCUGCGACACCGCCUGCACGCCGCACCGCACCACCCCGACUUGCCGCGGUGCGUACACUGUACUGA